UGAAUGGUGAGGUUUUGCCUUCAGGACAAGGGGAUAAGUGACACCUUAUUCCAAGGAGUGACCUCAGUCUCUUCCUCAAAGGCUGGGCCACUAAUCAUUGUCUCUGACCCAAUACCCCCUUUCUCCACCUUCUGGACCUGAGUGCCAUUUCAGUUUCAGUCUCCACGGUGGCUUCCUUUCCUUCCUUUGGCCAUUUUGAUUCUACCAUCUUUCUCCAUCUUAUGGCCUCUAGGAUGUUGACAAAUUGUGGGGGAGGGCAGUGAUGCGCUUUAAGAGCCAGGCACAGUCUUACCGUCCUAGCCCACUCUCUGGUCUCCCGCAACCCCAUGGUUUUAGAAUCCUUUGCUUGGGAGAGGAAUCGUGUAGGACACUUUGUGUAGGAAUGAGGCAGCAAAAAGUCGCCAAAGAACCGUUUCUCCCCUGUCCCAUCUAGUUCUUUGAUGGGUUUUUCAGCUCCAGGGUCAUCGCCGCGUUAAGAGAGGCCCCGCCCAUGCAGAGAGGGUGGAGCAUAGGCGGAGUCGGAGGAGUCUGGGACGGAACAAAGCACGGCCUGCGGGCGGCGGCUGGGCUCGCUCCAGAGGCCGGGCCACGGGGAGCUGGUCUGGGCAGCAGCCCGCCGAAAACAUAAGAGGGUUGCAGGCGGCAUCGUGGUCCGCGCCGGCCUGGCUAUGAACGGGCUGCCUGCGACUGAGGCGCCGGGCAGCGCGGGCUGUGCUCUGGCCGGGCUCCCGCCGCUACCGCGCGGCCUCAGCGGCCUUCUUAACGCUAGUGGGGGCUCGUGGAGGGAGCUGGAGCGUGUCUACAGCCAACGGAGCCGCAUCCACGACGAACUGAGUCGUGCCGCCCGCGCCCCGGAUGGUCCUCGCCACGCCGCGGGAUCUGCCAACUCAGGCUCUGCAGCGGGCCCGCGCCGCCCGGUAAACCUCGAUUCUGCACUAGCCGCGCUGCGUAAGGAGAUGGUGGGGCUGCGACAGCUGGAUAUGUCCCUGCUGUGCCAGCUGUGGGGCCUGUAUGAGUCGAUCCAGGACUACAAGCAUCUGUGCCAAGACCUGAGCUUGUGCCAGGACCUGUCAUCUUCUCUGCACUCGGAUAGCUCCUACCCACCUGAUGCCGGCCUGUCUGAUGAUGAGGAGCCUCCUGAUGCCAGCUUGCCCCCAGACCCUCCACCCCUCACCGUACCCCAGACUCACAAUGCCCGUGACCAGUGGUUGCAGGAUGCCUUCCAAAUCAGCCUUUGAAAAGCUGAGGUGGAUAGGAACGCACCCAUACAAAAAGCUCAAAACUUGCCCUUCAGCAAGUCCUUAGUCGACAGUGCCUGCUCUUUUACCGGUACCACCUCACCUCACUUCAGGAGGGCAAGGCAUUAUACCCAGCAGGCAAAGCGGUCAAGAUUGCAGCCUGUGCCCAGUGUCCUGGGCUUCCACUUCUCCCACAUGUGUGCACCCUAGCUUGGCCUGCCCUUAGUCUGAUUGUGGGGCCCAAAGCGUCUUACAAUCCCGUUCGCAUCUCUGGGACUGGGAUGAGUGCCUAGCUUCCAUCUCUUUUUUUUUUUUUUGUCUUUUGCUGCCUCUUGCAGCUGCUGGCUCAGAGGCAUCCCUACCUGUGGCCCCAGGGUUUCACUGCCUGGGACAAGGGCUCCAGAACCCACCUCUGUAGCCACCCACGACCAGAAAGGCCAAGGUCUUUAUGCUGGAUAUUUAAGUUUAGCGGUCAGUUCCUGGGCGGGAAAAUAAAUAAUUUCAGCAUUGUA